UCUCCCACCCUAAAUCAGAAGCUCACAACGGCACAAACUCAAGCAUUCCCUCCAUCACCGAUCACCGCCGCAGACCUUGCCAUUGCUGACUUCCGUCCAUCAUUCAAACUGGAUGGUUGUUCCUAUUUUCUUCCUCUGCCUUAGAUCCGCGUUGCUGUCUUUGUUCUUCGUUCGUCUCAGAUCUAUGUCGCUACGACAGAACUAGCAUCACUUUUAUCUUCAAAAGCAUCGUCAAUGGCGGAAAGGAAGUUCGGCGCAGAGGUUGAGGAGCUUCUUGACUGGAUGCUCACUGCAAAAUUCCAAGCUUGAGCUCUUGUUCUCCAAGCUCCUCCUUCUCUGCAUCUCCUCCAAUUCUGGCGCUGCAUGUUUGCGAAAAGCUAUUGUGAGUGCAGGAUUUUGAUGAAAUGGAUAAGCGCUUGAAGGAUAUAGAAGAUAAAACUACUGCUUUUAAAGAAAUGCAAGCCAAGGUCAAGAAGGAGAUGGAAUCUGUUCAGGAAUCGAAUAGUGUGAUAAAUGGUGGUGGUGAGAGCAGCAAUAAUAAUGAUCAAGUUCCAAAGGUAGCGGAUUUUCUUGGUGUGAGGAAGGCAGAGGAAGAUUCAUUGUCAUCAAAUCUUGUUGCCCUUACUACACACCUCUUCACCGUUGGAGUGCAAACAUCUCAGAUGCAAAUGAUGCCCACAAGCAUUCAAAUGUUCUUGUGGGAGAGUUUUGAUGAAGAUCCUUCUUCUAUGGAUGACAGCUCCACAAUUACUGCUUCUGGUCUCUUGGAACAAAUAAAUGUUACACGGGAUACAAGUGAUUACCUUUGGUAUACAACUAGGAAGGGAUUUCGAUAUGGACAUGAUACGAUCGUUGAUGGUAUGAUCAAAGAUGGCCUUUGAAAUGAAUGUCUAUAAUGACUUUGGCAUGGGAGUUUGUGCAGAUCAACUUGUCAUAACAAGAGAUGAGCAGGUUGUGUAAUAUAUUUCAUGCUAUGCUUAUAUAUUUCUUUAUUAUAUCGAUUUGAGAAGGUUGUGUUAAUGAUAUAUGGUUAUUAUUGUAGCAGAGGCAGCUAUUCUGUUGAACCAGGAUUUUGUCUUUGGCACCACACCAAUAAAAGACUUGGUUAGGCAAAUGGAGUACACACUUUGGUAUUUUGGUCUAAACAUGUUGGGACAAAGUCCACUUUGUUUCCUAAAUAUAUAAUGUAGAUUUACUUUUAAAUUCUUUUUUUUUGUAAUAUUUGUGUUGUUUAAAUUUGUAUUAUGCUUUAUUACUUUUCAAGAGA